AGCGAGGAUUGCGGCGCCUGGGCGCGUGGAGACUUGCCGGAGCCCCGCUGCCCUAUGGAUCUAACCUAGCAGGGCAGUGCUUUCGCGCGGAUCGGCCCUUGGAAGACGAUUUCCGAUGCAUGCCAGGUUCCUGGUGAAUGCCAGAAGUAGAGAUCACGACAGAUGGAGUCCCAAGGUCAGCAUGGAAGUGGCAGUUCAUUAGUGGUCCUUCAGCAGCCUUCUUUGGACAGCCGGCAAAGGUUGGACUAUGAGAGAGAGCUCCAGCCCACGAUCUUGUCUCUAGACCAGAUCAAGACUAUCAGGGGCAGCAACGAAUACACGGAGGGCCCAUCUGUGGUGAAGAAGUCUGCCCCACGGACAGCUCCCAGGCAAGAGAAGCACGAAAGGACUCAUGAAAACAUACCGAUUAAUGUGAAUAAUAAUUACGAGCACCGGCCCAGCCACCCAGGGCACGCGCUGCAUCAACACAACGCCAGGGCUCCUGUGCUCAGCAGGUCGACCAGCACCGGCAGCGCAGCCAGUUCUGGAAGUAACAGCAGCGCUUCCUCGGAGCAGGGCCUGCUCCUGAGGUCGCCCCCGUGCAGGCCAGGCCCGGGCCACAGAUUGGAAAGGCCCAUCUGGACGCAGCCCAAGCCAUCGUCUCUGGUCGUGGAGGACCUGAAGAGUCCUUUGAAAGAGGACCUGGCCCAGCACAAGUUUAUCUGUGAACAGUGCGGGAAGUGCAAGUGUGGGGAGUGCACAGCACCCAGGGCCUUGCCUUCUUGCCUGGCCUGCAACCGGCAGUGCUUGUGCUCUGCAGAGAGCAUGGUGGAAUACAGCACCUGCAUGUGCCUGGUCAAAGGGAUCUUCUACCACUGUUCCAACGACGAUGAAGGGGACUCCUACGCAGAUAAUCCUUGCUCUUGUUCCCAGUCGCAUUGCUGGACUAGGUACUUGUGCAUGGGAGCCAUGGCCUUGGUUUUGCCUUGCCUGCUCUGCUAUCCUCCAGCAAAAGGAUGCCUGAAACUGUGCCGGGGGUGUUACGACCGGAUCAAUCGCCCAGGUUGCAGGUGCAAGAACUCCAACACAGUUUAUUGUAAGCUGGAAAGUUGCCCCUCCAGGGGUCAAGGCAAGCCCUCCUGAUUUAUGGGGGCUCGGGGAAAGGUUGAGUUCCUCAGACUGUCGUUCAGGUUGUGGCUGGCUUUUCUGUCUUUGCCCCCCCCCUUAUCUUUUUUCCCUUACUUACAUGCACAAAUGAUCCUCCUCUCACACCAUAGCUUCUCUCAGCAAAAGGCAAAUUGGGAUUCCCCCCCCCCUUGGUCUUUGGGUAAGUGUAGCCCAUGUACUUGCAUCUAAUCUCCCAAUAUGGCAAGUCGUCUUUCGGUUUGUGAGUAAUCCAUUCCUGAAAGAAGUAAUGAGGGAAUUGGGUUUUUCUGAAGCCGCCUGCUCUGCAAGCAACUUUCCAAAGAUGCUGUUUUUGUUUGUCCUCCAUAACAAUUUUAAACUGAUUUUUAGUGGCUUCCAAGUGAUUAUUUCAAAGUAUUUGUGUGUGUGUGAAAGAACUGAAUUAUGAAGCUUUAAAGAAAAGAAAGCAUUUUUUAAAUAGUUGGGUUAAAACUUAGCAAACCUAGUCCUGCUGUCUUUAUAGAUUGCAACCAUCCUGGCUUUUGCUCCCAUCUCGACAGUUCUUUUAGAAUUUCGUGAUCCGUAUUGCAAAGCCUUAUCUAGCUUGGAUUUCCAACACACAAAAACACACACCCCAUCUUCACUAGAAAUGCUAUGAGAAUAUUGUGAUGCUCUAGCUUAGAUUCCUUGAAUUGCAGGGGUUGGACUAGAUAACCCUUGGGGUCCCUUCCAACUCUACAAUUCUAUGAUUCUAUGACUACAGCUUUCUUCAUUGGUUUCUAUAGCUUUCAGAUUUGUACAAGGUCCUAAGUUUUCACUCCCCCCUUUUUUUCUCUUCUUUUGAUGCUAAAGUUGUUGAUUUCUGCACAUCUGAGUAAUACUCUUCAGGUAUCAUACAGUUUUAAGUUGUGUAAACAUUCUUGGAUCUCUUUAACACUUCUAUUAUUUCUGUGGUUUAAUGACAUUUAACUCUACUCUGUGCUCGAUAACUUUAAUCCUCUGUUUUUAUUGCCUUAGCCACAAAUUGUGGUGCUUUUUGUAUAUUUUAUGUAAAAACACAAAGUUGAAUUCUGACUAUUUUAAGACAAAGGUCUGUUAAAACUUUUUUAUUGUAAAGAAUAUUUAUUAUGUGAAUUUCUAUUAUUUUAUGAUAUUUAUUACAAAGGACUGUUCCAAAAAUGUACUCCUGUCUGAAUAUAACAAAAUACCAAUACUUAACGAAAAUAAGGAUGACACGAAGAAAGUACAUAUGUUAAACUAUAAUGCAGAAAAUAUAAUAAUUAAUGAAAACGUC